UGUCUCGCACGAGUCAGAAUGGCGUCUUACUAUCCCUCCCACCAGAGUUGUUGGUUCAACACAUAUUCUCUCGACUUCAGUUACGUUCCCUAGCUUCAUGCUCCUCAGUUUGCAGAGAACUUCACGAUCUCAUUGAUUCAUCGAUGCUCCUCACCUACCACAAAGAGCUAGGCGUCGCUGGCAUGGUCGACAAUCUCAAGUGCUCGUAUGGGGAGGUUCCCCUUGAAGAUCGGCUGCAACUUCUCCGGGAGAGCCAGGCUCGUUGGGACAAUCUGGAUUGGAAAUGGAGCAUGGUCAUCGAUGUGCCACAGGCUUUCGGCGUUGAUACGGAUACUUUCAAGUUAGGCCGAGGCGAUUGCGGAGUCCUUUACUUCGAACGCUUCUCGGAGGAAGAAGACCUCGUCAGUCUGCUCUCUUUGUUGUUACCGGAGAGCGAAAACGACCAACCUCGAUGGGAGCAAAUCGACUUCGGAAAAACGAUCAUAGGUUACACAAUCGCCCUUGAAGAGAAUGAUUUGUUCGUUGGGGUGACCAGGGUUCCACUUGCGUUCGGCUCUGGUCUAGCAAUACAAGUACAUCUCCUUCAACACUCUACUCGUCAACCUCAUCACGACGCAUUGACCCCUGUUAUCGACCUGCGCACCUUCCUAGUAGGACACCAAUUUGACGUUCCUCAAGCGAGCGUCGCCAUCGGCGGCAAGCAUAUGGCUAUUUGGUUUUGCAACAAAUCCAAUGGUGAUGGAACUUUUUCAGUUUGGGACUGGAGAAUUGGAGAGAAGAUCGUCGAAGUGGACGCGCGGUGGGGCGAAAUCGGUAUGACGUUCCUCACAGAAGAUCUCGUUAUGGUUGGCAACUCCAGGACCAUGCUCUUGGAUAUCUAUGACAUCCAUCGAAUGUCGUCAACAUCGCAAAACUCAGAUGGAAAGCCGCAAAUAUCACUGGGCCUUCCAACAUUCGAUGAUUCUUACUACGUGGAGUCGGUUUCUUUUGGUUGGAAUCCCCAUUUCUUUGGCCACGGUGGGAACCCCCGACAUCCGCGGAGACCAUUCACGACCAAUCCCAUGGACUCCAUCAUCGUCGUUGAAGUUACCACUUCCGCGACUGAAUACGCGAACACGGAAUGUCACUUCGUCGUCCAACGACGCUCGCUAUUGGCCCUUUCUGCGAGACCUGCUGGUAUACACUCCGGAAAGAUACCCUGGGAGGAGUGGGGCCCUAAAUCAGUCCGAAUGUUUCCUUCUGACUCUGACUUCGCCAGGUCUUCUAGCGGCGCGAGGUACUGUUUGCACUGGGGAACCAACCUCGGGACUCUGGAAUUUGGUACUCUUAAGAGGCAGGGGUUGUCAGGCGACACAGCACCUCAAGAUGCUGACCCAAAAGACAUUAACGACCUUGUCCACUCAAGCCAUGACGAAGAUAGUCCAUUUGGUUCAGUUCAGACAGAGCUACCCUUCCAUUCGUCAACGCGCCAAGAUCUGAAGAUGGAGCAAAGUUUCGAUUCUAUUUUCAUCGAUGACACACGCAUUGUCGGGUUCCGAGAUGUUGCAACAUCGCGACAACUUCAUGUGUACUAUCUGGGUUGAA